AUGACCUCGAAUCAGACACCGGAUUGCUUACGACGCUCUUCAUUGACGUGGCUGCAUCUUCCUCGCAAGAACCGUGGAAUGGAUGGCACAUCGAAGGACAGCUUGCCGCCGAGCUAUCCAACGCCCUCUGCCAAAGAUCAUCCUCAGCCAAUUCCGCCAGUGUCCCAGCCUCUCACUCCCGGGUCCGGUUCUUCGGCUCAGUUCAACAUGCCAUACAGCCCCUAUGAGCCUUUUCACAACGCCCCGAUGAUGCAACAAGAGUCUUCGCCGAAGCGCUGGACAGAGUCCAAAGCAUACAAAUCUGGUCCGGAGUCGCGGGAGAUCCCAAGCCGCGACAACUAUCAGAGCGCCCAACAAGUUUCUCAACAACACAUGCCGCCCAUUACCGUGGCUCGGUAUCGACGGGAGCUCUUUUGGUGGGCCUUUCGUUAUGCCGUCAUCGCAGUGGUCGUCUUUGUGGCUUUUCUUGUCCCCAUCAUCAUUCUGAGCAACGACGCCGAUGUUGUAGAGGAGAGUACCCCUGAAAGAAUCGAAGCGGAACAGUACCAAAACCUCAUGUUUUACAUCUGCCUGUGGUUAGAAGUCACUUGGCUGGGAGCCGUCGGUUCCGACUUGCUUGGCCUAGGACUUCCAUACCUCUUCAGGUUCAUCGCAAGGUACACCAACUCGGCCCAUCAGAGAUACUGGCGAGUUCUCAAGUUUAUGCGGCGACCAAUUGCUUUCCUCGGAACCACGGUCGUCACUUACAUUUUCUUUGCCGCUUGUAUCAACGAGAACGAGCUUUUAGCCGUCAAUAUCAACAAAGCCCCAGACACCUUCGCUUGGGACGAUGCCGUCGCGGACGUCCUGGAACAGAUGACGCUCUGGGUAAGCUUCUACUUCCUCGAGAAGCUCUUCAUAUCCUACAUCGCGGUCCACUAUCACUACCGAGGCGACAACGUCAAGAUCGCUCGGACCAAAGACCUCCAGAAUGCCCUGAUCGCCUUGUACGACGCCUCGGUUUUUCUGCACCCGCCACACCGAGAGCCCUUUGCCGAAGAGGACAUGCUCAUCCGCAACGCUAGAGGCGACUCCCACGACCCAGGCCGUGUCAGGGUCUCUAGCUACCUCGCCCGGCUGGGCAUCGACGGGUACAAGAUGACCAGUCUGUUCGGAAACUUCAUUUCCGCCGAGCCCAACGCCCACUGGCUGCGUCCAGCGAGCACCUACUCAGUGAUUGAGCGCGCGUGGGCCAACCCCGUGUCCGCUGCAGCCUUGGCGCGGCGAAUCUGGCUCUCCCUCGUCGCCGAAGGCAAACCAGGCCUCACCGUCGACGACAUCAUCGAGGUUCUUGGCCCUUACCGCAAACACGAAGCGGUCGCGAUCUUCAAGACGUUGAACGAGAACAACAGCCCCGACAUCCGAGUCGAGGAAUUCAUUGGGAUCGUCACGGAGGGUGGUCGGACGCGGCACCAGGUCUACAAGAACAUGGAGAACAUGGACCACUGCAUCAACACUUUCGACUGGUUCUGCCUUCUGAUACUCGCCAGCGUCAUGAUCUUUUUCAUCAUGGUCGCCUAUGUGCCGGCGAUCAAGCAGAUUCAAACCAUCCUCUCCAGUCUCGCCAUCGGCCUCUCGUUUGCCGUUGGCCGCACGUUCCACCAUCUUCUCGUGGGGAUCGUCUUCGUAUUCUUCGACCACCCCUACGACGUCGGCGAUGUCGUCAACGUCUACAACAUGAGCUCGACCAACGGCACCACGUGCCUCGUCAAGCGGCAGUCGCUGUUGUACACCGUCUUCCGGCGACUCGACAACGGCUGCGACCUCCAGAUCCCCAACGAACGGCUGUCGCAGAAACGGAUCGAGAACUUUUCGAGGUCCGGAAUCAACCGGCAGGGCGUCUCCCUGUUCGUGGACUUCAAGACCGGCUUCAAGGACAUCGUCCGCCUGCGCACAAUCUUGGAGGAGUUCCUGACCCAAAACUCGAGGGACUACGUUCCGGACAGCUUGGGUCUGAACGUGGUCAACCUCCACGAGCUCAACAAGAUGGAGCUCCGGUUGGCGUUCACCCACCGCAAUAACUGGUCCGACGACAAGCUCCGCUCUCAAAGAAGCAACAGGUUCCACUGCGCCUUGGUUGCCGCCUGCCGAGCCAUCCCGCUCUACAAGCCCGGCGGUAUGGCACCGAAGUCCGGAGAGAAUGGCAAUCCGAUGUAUACUGUUCAGCUCGACGCGACUACUGAGCUGAGCGACAACAUAAAGAAGGAAAAGGAUCGUCGACAGGGCCUUCGAUGGGAUGAAAUCAAGAUGGACGUUCCACAGAACGCAUAUGUCAAUGUAAGCGAGGAGGAGGCUCUGCAGGCCAGGAAGGAUGAAGAGGCUCAGAAGGAGAGGCUGGCCAAAUUGUCGGAGGAAGAUGCCUUUUCCAGGCUUGCAAGACUCCCAACAACCUCCGGGAGAGCAGGAGUCAGCACUGCGAUUGAAGUUGAAGCCACAGCAAGGGGAUUGCGGCAGACUACAAGACCUGGCAACUGA